AUGUUCACCUCCCGCCACCCCGAAGACCGGUUCCGCCUUCGCACGCACCGUGCCCGCUCCGUCGACCUCACUAACGAAGAGCUCGUCGAAAUCCGCGCCGCACAACGCACCUUCGAGGGUGCAUACAUUCGCACGUCGCUUUCCCAGUUUUCGUUCGCCCUUGUGGUCCUCAAGAUCUUUACCUCGGAAUUCUACUCCAUCGGUGCGCUUUUCGCAGCCUACGCUGUAGGGCUGCUCCUAGUUAGUGCCUAUCGAAGACAGCAAGGGAAUCGACAGUUUUUUAAUGAGGUCGGGGAUGAUGGAUUGGGGAGGAAGAGAUUUCGCACAAGUGGGAAUGUGGUCAUUGCGCUGACGGCACUGAGUAUUGCGGCGUAUGUGAGUCUAUUGGUCUUGACGCUGAAGUUGGAGACUUGA